CCAGUUGGACUUGCAGUUAAGACAGUUCGGCACGUACCUGCAAUUCCAACAUCUUCUAUCUAUAAUUAACACGUCGCAGCACCGAUUAUCGCGCGUUUCUUACUAAACUUUGCUAAUACCAGUCACAAUUGUUUCGAGCGAACACAACAUGCUGACCACAACCGCUAGCGCUGCGCUUGGAUUUUCAUACUAUCGGAUCGCUGGAAAUUUUGCUAUCCCACAACUGGCUAUUUCUGUGAUCAAUCUUCUUCACAUAUUCGUGCUGAUCGCCGCCGGCCAGCCCGUCAUACUGGCCCUGAUCCUCCUCACAUCCUGGUCGAUCCUGACGGGGAUUGUUGGGUUUGCCGCCUGCUGGUUGAGGGGCUUCACCGUUCCGCCGAAAUUCCCUAACACCGAGCGCACGGCACCACCGGUGACUGGGGAACCCGGAUUGAACUUUUUCUGCGUCUUUAUCAUACUGUUGGCCGCAGGUGCCGGGUUGGCUCUGGCCUCCGUUGUCACCAGCUGCUUGCCGCCCUUGGGCGACGACCGACUUUCAUUUUGCAGUUUUCUGUUCUGUUUAUUGUACGUUGCGGGGCAGUUUGGCUUAAUUACCAAAGCGUUGGUGGUCUUGAAAACGAGUCGUGCAACACACGCCGUCGUACCGGUUUCGGCAAGCAGUCAUAGCGAUGAUAUGCCGCCGCCCUACACGAUAGCCAUCACGCAGUGUACCGCGGAUAGCCCGCCAAGUUAUACUGACGCAACAGCGUCAAGUGAAGGUGAACGAACCGAUGAUCCGAUGCCAAGGCAGACGUUGUCACAAUUUCGCGGCCCGUUUUAUUGGCCAUGAAUGCGUGAUAGGUUUUGACUUUUGUUGUUACAGAUCUUUUUUAACGAUUAUUUAUUCACAGUUCGAGGCAACUAUGUUUUUAGUAUUUCCCGCUUUUAUUAACGGUUAAACGGAUUAUUCUUGUUUUUUUUUCAAAUCGACCAAUAGCGAUCUAUAUGUACAAUGCAGACAAUUUGAUUAGUUCCAGGGCAAUGAGCAAGAAAAAAAUGCUUGCGAAGAGAACAAACUCAAUAAAACGAAGCGGGUGCACAC